GAAAGCAUUCUCUUUCUCUCUCUAAAAUUCUUCGAUUUCUCGCUCUAAAUCUCAAAACCCUAGCGUUCGUUCUUCGAAACCCUUGCUUGGAUCAUCGAUCCAUCUUGUUGCUGAAUCACAGAGAUCGUUUGAUUUCUCUAAGGAUCGGAGGAUAGUUUGCUGGCGCUGUUUGAUCCGAUCUCGGCCUCUGGUUGGCUGACGGCGUCGAUGGCGGAAGGGAAGCUUGAUCUGUUUGGGGAUCUCAGUUCCUCAAAACCUAACAAAGAUGACGUGGUUGGAGGGAAAGGCAUGGACAAGGUUCUUGUGGGGUUUCUCGAUGAUUCGAAGGAUCGAGUGACUUCUGAAAACAGCAUACCCUUAUCCCCGCAGUGGCUCCAUUCUAAACCUGUUGACAGCAAGGACUCGCGCUUUCUGAAUUCCUCUGUGCAUGGAUCCAAUUUAGAAUCUGUUCAAAAGGAUGCUUGGCGCCUUGAUGGAUCUCAUGAGAAAUGGAAGAGGAAUGUCGCUGAUGUUGAUCUUAGUCGUCGUUGGCGUGAAGAGGAGAGAGAUACUGGGUUGCUUGGUCUAAGAGAACGAAGAAAGGAAGGUGAUCGUGAAAAUGAAUAUCGUAAAAUUGAGCGUCGUUCUGAAAAUGUUAUGAGAGAUUCCGAAUCGAGGACUUUAUCUUCAUCUGAUUGGCGCCAUGAAAAUCGUAACUCAGGCAUUGAAAGUCGACGGGACAACAAAUGGUCUUUGAGAUGGGGCCCAGAAGAUAAAGAAAAAGAUUCUAAAACUGAGAAAAAGAUAGAUGCAGAAAAAGAUGAUACUCAUGUUGAAAAACACUCAUCUGUUCGGCCCUUGUCUGAAUCCGAUUCUCGUGAUAAGUGGAGGCCACGCCACCGUCAGGAAGUGCAUUCUGUUGGGUCAGCACAGUUCCGUGCUGCUCCAGGAUUUGGUUUAGAGAGGGGACGUGGAGAUGGUUCGAAUCCAGGUUUUGCUCCUGGUAGGGGUAGGUCAAAGAUCAUUGGUGGUUUGGCGCUUGGCAGGUCUUUGGCUGCUGGUCCAAUAGGUGCUGCAAAUGUAAAUAUUGAUGAUCUACUACAUGGCAAGCCCGGCUUGUCCGCAUGUGUGUUUCGUUACCCAAGGGGCAAGCUUCUCGAUAUAUAUAAGAAACAGAAAAUACUGUCUACAUUAGAUUCUGCUCCAGAUGACCUUGCAGAAGUUCCCAUGAUAACAAAAUCAAGCUAUAUUGAACCAUUUGCAUUUGCUGCACCUGAUGCAGAUGAAGAGGCUAUUUUACAAGAUAUUUGGAAAGGGAAGAUCAUCGACAGUGAAGAAUAUCACGAGUCUUUUACUGAGAGGAUAGCAGGAGCCAACGACUGCAGUAUAGGCACCGAUCCUAGUAGUGGAAACUACCUGGAGAAAGUUGGUUCUUUAGUCGAAAGAGCUGAUCCUGGUGAAAUGAACCCCAAGGGAUCCAAGAAUGAUAGUCACCACCAUUUUGGGUUGGCAGGUGGAAUACUUAUGGAUUCUGAGCUAAAAGUCAGUGAAGAAGACUUGGUGAAUGAUACUGCUGGACAUGGUGGUCAUUUGGAUUUCAUCAAUGAUGUCAAGCAGGGCUCCAAUCCUGCUGCUUCCUUUGAUGUUAGGACUGAACUACCUGAAGAUUCGAACUCUUUGUUUGAUACUUCAUACAUCCAUGAGUUGUCUGAUAGUGAUAAGCAGCAUUUGGCCUACAUCCAGGAGAUUCAAGGUUCUGAUAGGCAGCAGCACCAAAGCAGUGAUGUUGAACCAAAGCUUGUAGACCAUGGUGCCCCUCCUGAGGACUUUAGUAUGUUUUACAGAGACCCACAAGGGGAGAUUCAGGGACCUUUCUUAAGUGUUGACAUCAUCACAUGGUUAGAACAAGGCUUUUUUGGGACAGAUUUACCUGUAUGUUUGUCAGAUGCUCCGGAAGGCACACCUUUCAAGCCGCUUGGUGAAUUAAUUGCACACUUAGGUUUAAAAUCCUUCUCUGCUCCUAUACUGGAUGCCAGUGAAAAAUCUGAAUCUUUAGAUGCCACACAAAGCAGCCGGGUCCGUGCCUUCUUUUAUGAAACUAACCCCCUGGUGGUGAAUGAGCAAGAGUUGGCAUUAUCUAGUCUUGAUGUCCCUCUUGAUCAUCAAGCUCAGUCAAAAGUUUCUGAGUAUAAUGAUGUGAAUAUUCAAUAUGGAAGGGUGCUACAUCCAAACUCAGACACCUCUGGAGACAUCAGUGGUGCUGACAGACAAAGCUUUCAUGGUUUUCCUAGAGAAGAAAUUGAUGAAGAUCUUUAUAAUGGAAGAUCGGUAACUGGUUUACAAAAACCUUCUAGAACAUUAGGGCAUAACCUGCAAAAUCUGUCACAGAGCCCAAGUGGUCACAAUUUCCUGGAAGGCAAUACCGGUCCAACUAUGUUGCCCAACCAUGAGGAUCAAGUAGAUAAUAAUUUGAAUCCUCUGGGGUUGUUCUUGUCAGAGUUGGAGGCGAAUCACCCAAAACGCCCUUUGUCAUCAAUUUUGUCUGAACAGAGCCAUGCCAUCAGUUCCAGUGCACGAGCAGAUUCUUCACAUCAUGGCCACAGGCAGGAAUCGUACAAGUCAAUCGGUGAUCAUGAGCUAUGGCUCACUAACUAUAAUCGAAGAAAUGCAGGCCCAAAUAUACUUGAGGAUCCAAUUGAUGCUGGACACUUGCCACACUUUGAGCAAGGGUCCAAGCCUAUCAAUUUUCAAGAUCAGAUGCUCUUGCAACAAUUGCAGAAGCAGCAGCUUCAUCGACACAAUCAGUUAGCUGAUCAAGGCAUGCAUCUGAAUAGCCACCAAUUUCUUGAUGAUAUGCAACGUGCAAUGCAGCAACAGCAGAUGAAUGAUCAACACAUGUCAGAGGUUGAGCAUCUUUUGCAACUUAGACUCGAACAGCAACGGCGACUUCAGCAUUUGCAGAAGCAACAACAGCUACAACAGCAGCAACAGCAACAACAGCAGCUGCUACACCAGCAACUUCAUCCUCACCAUCUGCAAUUAUUGGAGCAGCAGCAGCGGCAGCAGUUGCUUAUCAAACAAUUGCAGCAGCAGCAACAACUACAAGAUUCUGUAUAUGGAACGCAGCAUGUGGAUCCCCUCCGUGGCAGCAACAUGCUUGAUCAGCUUAUACUUAGGCAGCAACUCUUGCAUGAAUCACAGCAGCAGCCUCACCAUCUUCCUCACCCUCACGAGCAAUUAAUAGAGCAACUCAUCCAGGCUAAAUUUGGAGAGAGCCAUCAUCGUGAUCAUAACAAUGAUUUAUUGAGUGCCCUCUCUAAUGCUAAGCAUAAGCAGAUGCUUUCUUUGGAACAAGAAUAUGUUCUUGCUCUUCAGCAGGAGCAGAUGCUAGCCAGGCAACACCUUUCUUCUGGGCAGCAUCUAGGCAUGGAAGAAGAGAGGCAUAUUGGUGGUGGUUGGACAGUAGAUGAAUCUGGUCAAUUUCGCAGGUCACCUGCUGGGCAGAACCAGCUAAAUUCUGCUGGACCUAGUCACUUAGACUUUAUUCAGGCCUCAGCAAGAACCUCAUCUUUUGAGAACCCUAAUCACCACGAAUUAAAUUUGUUAUUGCAUGAACAAAUGCGCAGAGGGCUUUACGAGACAGGUGCACCGCAAUUUGAAAGGCCAACUGCUAGAUCUGCAAGCAGUCCUACAGAGGCAGACUUGGCAAAUGUCUUAGCACGUUUUCAGGGUUUAGAUAUGCAUGAUCAACAUGCUCAGGGGCACUUUUCUGGUCAUAUGGCACAGUUUCCUCGAGGGAUGCAUUCACAGCAACAUCAGAUUAAUGAUCAUUUCUCUGCCCCCCAUUUAGAUGCAAGGGGGAGCCACUGGGCUGACUUGAACAGCAAGAUGGAUCCUCAGUUGGUUCAGUUGCAUCUUGAAGCCGAGUGGCAGAAAAGGAGGGAAAUGAGAAAUCCUUAUGAGGAAGAUCCAAGUGCAUGGGCCUCACUCAUGGGGAAUGAUGCACACCACAGCAGUGAGCCAGUAAACUCAGUCCAUCAAAAAUUUUCCCUCCCAUCACCUCAUUCAUUUCAAAUGGCUGAUUCUGUUCCUACAUCAUCCUUUGAGAAUAGAGAACCUUCUAGGCUCUUUUCUUCAGCUCCUGCCGAAGGAUCAGUCAGUCUCCAAGAUAGCAUUAGUGUUAGUCGUAACUUCUUAGAAGGUUCACGCUUUUCUGACUCUGGACAACUGCAUGAGAGAUUGGUGAAUGUGGAUGUGGAGGGACAAGCUAAUGAUUUUGUAAGCAAUGAAAGGGUAGGUUCUCACUUGGGUUCUGGAUCUCUGCCUGAACAAAUCCAUCUCUUAAGGAACGCGGAUAUGAGUGAUAAAGAUCUCCUCAUGGAAUCUAUACAUACUGGGGCAUCAAUAGAAAGAGAUUUCUCUGAAUCUGACCAGGGGAGGAGGUUGAAGAAGAGUGAUCCCAAAAGCAGGACUAUAAGUGGUUCGUUUAUAGAAAAUAUUGGAGGUGGAAGUGAUCUAACUGGUGCCUCUUUUUUAGAUAAUGCAGAGCUUAAAGUCAACCCUCCUGUUAGACACGCAUCAUUUAGUGCCACUGGUGGGAAUGUAAAUGUUCUAGGAUAUGAGACGGUCCUUGAUAAUGGUUUCAGGGAAGAGAUCAUCAAUAAUAGGAUGCCAGGAAUUCACCCAGAAAAAAGUGGUAACCCCAUGUUGAAUCGUAAACCUGAUUCUGAUGUGUUAACUUCCCAGGGUGCUCUAUCAGAUUCCACCUUUGUUCCACCAGUCAAAGGCAAGAAGUUGAGCAACUCUACCCCUGAGGAUCUCCCCAAAAUAGAAGGAAGGCGGAGCGCGAUUACAGCCACGGCGGCAGCCGUGGGCAAUCAAGAAACUGAGACUCCAGCCUCCAACAAGAGAGAAACAAGGUUUCGCCGGACAACAUCAGGCAGUGAUGCUGCUGAUGCACCAGAGGCUUCCUUCAUUGAAAUGCUGAAGAGCACCAAGAAGCCAACAAAAGGAUCUGAAAUCCCCACCGGAUCCUUAGACUCCCCGGACUCCGGUGCCGGUGGUAAGAACAACAAGAAGAAAGGCAAGAAAGGUAAACAGAUAGAUCCUUCCCUUCUGGGUUUCAGGGUGCACAGCAACCGUAUCAUGAUGGGUGAGAUACAACGCUUAGAUGAUUGAAUCUUAACAAUGUGUCUCUCAAUUCUAUACAUAACUUUGUUAGUACAAAAGAGUGCACAGGAUCAUGUAAAGAUUUGAGGCAUUAUUAUAGAACUUAUCAGAUCACCUUGUUUUAUCUUUUAUGUACAUUUGUGUACCUUUUUUGGGAGAGAUAUUAAGAGCUCCUCCUGAGUUUUUUGUACAAAAAAUUUCAGUUGAUUUACUUGUUUUUAUUGUAAAUGCAAAAGUAAUAAAAGAAAGUGGGCUUGCCAGUUGCCAGCCAGUUAUUUUAA